AUGAAGAACGAGUUAAUUGAGCUUGGCAUAGCGGAGAAGCCACUAGAUAAUGAUACAAACAAGAUAAUCGACAGAAGGCUUAGGUGUCCAAAAGGAAUGAAAGACGUUCAGUUAGAAUUAUUCAAGAAAGUUAAACACGAUCCUAAAAUCAUGAGCAACCUUAAUCUGGUAGAGAUUACAACAUUCGGCAAGUUCUUUUUUUCAGUCUUCUUUCUCGGCUGUGUAUUUAAUCAUUAUACAUGUAGGUUGACUGAUCUCACUGUUCCUGCAAACGUGGAAUACGUGCACAUUGACUUGCUCCCAUUAAUGGCAUCCUUACUCAGCCUUAAAACAAUCAUAGAUGAAACCUCAGCGCUCUUAUCACAGGCAGAUAAAGAUGCAAACCUACGCUCUUCACUCAAGCGUUCCUUUUCAAAAGAUAGCAAUAGUAAGAUAUCCCAGAUCACUUGUGCCAAAUGCCAAGUCACCCGAAAGCAACAGAAUCAAACAAAUAAAAACAGUCGAAAGUGA